GCGUUGAGGUGACGCACAGUUGUGACGUCGGGCAUAAGCUAGCCAAUCAGAAUCGACUGAGGGAUCAAUUCUCGACUUUGUUUUGAUCUUCUGUACAAAAAGCGCACUCGCGGGACAGAUCGCCUUUCUGUCAGCCUUGACGAGCUGAGAUCCGGACAUGUCAGACGGAGAUAUUGUUCUGUCCAGCAGGACCUUUCUGUCCAGUGAUGAGGGUAAUUUCAGCUCUCUUUGCCCGAAUGGCUCAGAAUGGAUUUGGUCCGCGCUCGGAGAAUGCACUCAGGAUACCCGUGACAUGGCCAGUGUGAUCCUGGGUCUGCUGUCUAUCGCCUGCUUCAUCGUGUCCUCAUUCCCGCAGUACUACAGCUCGUGUAAGGCGGGGAAUAUGGACAGCGCUUUAUCCAUUUGGUUCCUGUUGUUUUGGCUUGCAGGUGACUCGUGUAAUCUCAUAGGCUCGUUUUUAGCUGACCAGCUUCCUCUCCAGAAAUACACUGCUGUGUACUACGUCAUGGCCGACCUUUUAAUGUUAAGCAUGUAUACCUUCUAUAAGACCAAGCACAAGAUGUCAGCCAAUGAGCGCAGAACGGUGCUGUAUGCGAUGGGCGUGCUGUGUACGUUGGGCAUAUUUUCCUCUCUGUCUUCUGUCUCUGACGUACACACACGCACCUCAUCCUUGGGCUUCAGGGGCCGAACGCUGCUGGCUGUGGAUCAGCUGAACGCAGAUUCGAUAGAGCCUUUCACCACUAAGGAGAUCAUCGGCUUCACGAUCGGCUCGAUCUCCUCGCUGCUUUAUCUCUGCUCCAGACUGCCACAGAUUUACACCAAUUUACGGAGGAAGUCGACAGAGGGCGUAUCGUUCUUUCUCUUCGCCCUGGUGAUUCUGGGUAACGUCACGUACGGGCUCAGCGUGCUGGUGAAGAACCCGGAGCGAGGGGAGGGUGAGAGAAGCUACCUCGUCCACCACCUGCCCUGGCUCAUCGGCAGCCUGGGAACGCUCUCGCUCGACCUGGUGAUAUCAAUGCAGUUUAUGAUGUACAGCAAUCGUUCAAGGACUAGAGAAUACAAUGAGGAGACCACCGCACUCCUGAAUGACUGAGUGAGUGUCCAUCCUCACGGCUGUGCUCAAACCUUCAGACGUCCAGGACACUCGAACCGGUACCUUCAACGCCUGAGCACCAAGGACUGUCAAGAGCACAAUUUUAUUUUCUCUUCCCCUUUUCCCCAGAUGGAUAUUUUAUGUUAACAGUAGUUUUCUAUCAAGUGAUGAUUUGUACAGUUUUACAUAUUUGUAAAAAGUCAAAAGGACUCAUUUUAGAAAAAAAAAAACAUGAAACCUUUUGUAGCUUUUAUAACUGAUAAUUUGCACAAUUAUUAUUAUUAUUAUUUUUUUAAAACGGUGCAAUAUAUUCAUCAGGAGAAGUGUCACUUCUUUUUACAGACUUUUGUUUUUAGGAAUAAAUCGUCUGUGUGUUGUACGUUUUUUUUUUUUUUUUUUUUUUUU